GGAGGGGGCCGGAUGGGCGGCCCGCCCGCCCCUUCGGGCCACUGACGCGCCCGCCAGCCCCAGCAUGGACGCUGCCGGCCCGCAGCCCGCCGGUCCCGAGGGACGGGGCCCCGGGAAGGAGGAAGAGGAGACGGCGGCGGCGUAUGCGGAGGUGUGCGGCUCGGCCGGAGCGGAAAGCGGGGCCGCGGACGGCGGGGCGGCGGUGGCCACGGAGGGCCCGGCCCCGGCAGGGCAUCGCCCCGAAGUGGCCGCCCCGGGAUGCGGCUCGGGGCCGGGGUCUCCGUCCUCCUCCUCGUGCCCCUCGGCGGGCAGCGCCACGGGCGGCGGCGGGGCGGAGGAAGCGACCGCGGCCGGGGGCCAAACCUCCUCCUCCUCGUUGGGCUGCGAGAGCGACGAGGAGGCCGGCGAGGGGCGCGGGGCGGGCGAGCCCCCCCGGAGAGCCCUCGGGAGCGCGCACUACAUCAGCACGCAGGAGAUCCAGCUGAGCGAGGUGGACCACGAUAUGGACUUCGACGCGGGGCUGGCCGCCCGCUGGGACUUCGAGGACGACAACGUGAUCUACUCCUUCGUGGACUACGCCUCCUUCGGCAGCGACGAGACCCCCGGCGACACGCCGACGGAGGAGGACAACAGCUGCUACCUCAGCACGACGCCCAGCGAGCGCACGGCGCGGGCGGACAGCGCGGGCAGCGGCAGCGAGGCGGCGGGCGGCAGCUCGGGCAGCGGCACGGGAGCGAGCCCCGCGGGACACGUCCUCCUAUCAAUCAAAGCGGCCUCGCGGGCUAUAAAGGAGUGUAGCGCCGCGCGGGAAGAGCGCCACGCGACCUACGGCGCCGAGCAUGAAGGCGACAUGAGCCUCCGCGUCGCCGCCGCCCCGGAGCGCGCGGCGGCCUCGGGGCAGGACGCCGGCCGCCAGCACGCCAAGAAGUUCAUCGCCGUCCCCGCGCGCCUGCAGACGCGCUGCGGGGCCAGGGAGGCGGGCGGCUGCUCCAGCGGCGCCUCCAGCGCCGUCAGCGAACUGGACGACGCCGACAAGGAGGUGCGCAACCUGACGGCCCGCGCCUUCCGCAGCCUGGCGUACCCCUACUUCGACACGCUCAGCCUCGGCUCCCGCGCCUCCUCCGCCUCCCUGUCCGACCAUGCGCUGGGCGUCAACCGCUGGUCCACCUACCUGGACCUCAAGUGCGGCGCUCUGGGGCCGCGCGGCGCCGCGGGCGGCGGGCAGCUGUGCGUGCGCUCCGGCAAGGCGCCCAGCAGGGCGCUGCAGUUCGUGGUCAGCAAGCUGGACGGGGAGAUCGCGCACGUCGAGGCGCCGCCGCCGCCCCGGGGGACGCUCGGCGUGCGGGAGCCCGGCCGGGCCGCCCGAGCCGGCGAGGAGGAGGCCAGCAAGAAGUCCAAGUUCGCUUCCAGCCUCCUGAAGAACGUCAUCUCCAAGAAGAUGCAGCUGGAGCACGAGUUCAAGAUGGAGCGGGGCGAGCUCACCGACACGUCCUCGGCGGGGCCCGGCGCCGCGCCGCCCGCCGGCCGAGACCCGGAGCCCGGCACCGGGAGCGGAGGCGGCGGGCGGCCGCGGGAGGGCGGCGUGCAGCGGCAGAGCUCGCGGCUGUCGGAGGGAGGCUCGGAGCACGGCGCGCCGCCUCCGGAGGAGCCGGGGGAGCGCGGCGGCGGGCGGUCGCCGGCCCCCAAAGCGGCGACGCCGCGCGAAGGGAGCCAGGAGAGAACCGCGGUGGAGGAGGGGGCCGAUGCCCGGCGGAGCGGCUCGGAGGCGGCCAGGGCCACCUUCCUGCGCAGCCAGCACAGCGCCUUCAGGUCGUGGAAGGAGCGGGAAGCGGAGAGCAAGGAGGAGCGGGCGCCCGGCGGCAAGGCGAAGCCGUCCCCGCGGCCCGAGCCGGGCGAGCCGGCCGCCGGCAAAGCCACCAAGAUGUCGCGCCUGUUCGUGCCCGGCAUCCAGCACGCCAACAAGGAGAAGGAGCCCGCCGGGCAGCGUCCCGCCUCGCCGCCCGCCGCCAAGCCCCGGCUCCCCGAGAUCAAGAUCAGCCUGGGGCCGCCCGCAGAGCCGCCGUUCAGCAUCGCGCAGCUGCUGACGCCGCAGCUGGCCGCCCGACCGCCCGACACCGGCCUCAGGGCACCGCGGCCCGACGGCUCCGACAGGGUGCCGCAGUUCCUGGUGCGCGACGUGCGGGAGGGCAAGGGCAAGGCGCAGGCUCCCCUGCAUCAGGUGCGGGACGUGCGUAAGCUCAUCAAAGGCUCCCACGGCGGCGAUUCGGCGGAUGCCGGCAGCGACAGGGGCAGCGUGGGCUCCGAGCAGGGCGGCGCCGAGCAUCGGCAACCUGGCUGGGCCGAAGCGGGAGGCAAAGCGGCGGCAGCGGGGGGCCGGGCGCUCGGCUGUCCGCCGGAGGGCACCGUGCUGGUACAUCGCACCUCGGGCCGCCUGCCCGUGGCCACCAUCGCGCCCAACAAGAGCGACCCGCGGCAGCCCUCCGUGCUUAAGAUCGUCGCCAAGUCGGCCGCGCCCUGGAGGCACCAGGCGGCCCCGGCGCCCGCCGAGAAGGGCCGCGGCGCGGAGGAGGACCCGCGGGAGGAAGGCAAAGCGGCGCCGGUGCAGAACGCGCUGGAGAAGCUGACGGCGGCGGUGCGCAGCAUGGAGGAGCUGUACAGCUUCAGCAAGCGCGAGUGGAAGCGCAAGAGCGACCCGCUGCCCAUCACCGGCAGUCACGUCCUGUCCCUCAUCGCCAGCCAGGAACGCGACGCCGGGCCCCGCCCGCCCCUCGCCGCCGAGCCGUCGCCCAAGGCCGAGGAGCCGUCGAACAAGGGCCCCGGCCCGACGGGAGGAGAGCGCCUGCCGCGCCGCGCCGCCAACCCCGCCGCCGCAGCCGACAAGGUGUCCGCCAAGGCGGCCGCCUUCGAGAGCCUCGCCCGGCAGCGCCAGCGCGGCCCCGCGCCGCCCCGCGCCCUCCUCACGCUCCGGGGCUCCGCCGCGCCGCCCGCCAAGCCCCCGGCGGACGGCGGCGUGCGGGGUCCCUCGGCGGCGGCGACGGCGGCGUUGGCUCCGCGAGCCCCGCGGCUCCCGGCUCCCGGCGGCGAGGGACGGGCGGAGCCGGAGCGCGGCACGGACUGCGAAGGCUACCUGGCCCUGCCUCUCGCCGCCGCGAGACCCGGACCCGCCCCGGCGGCGGCGGCGGGCGGCGGCCGCCCCGCCCCGGUGUCCUUCGGCGCCGCCCCUCCCGCGGGCGGCCCCGGGCUGCCGUCCGCCGCAGACGCCUCCGCCGCCCCGCAGUCCCCCGACGCCGCGACCGCUCUCUUCCCGCCGGCGCUGCCGCCCUUCGCCGCCGCCCCGCCGGCUCCGUUGUUCUGCUUCUCGCCGUCCGUGGCCGAGCCGCUGCCGCAGCGGCGGGUGCUGCUGGACGUGAGCAGCGGGCAGUACUACCUGCUGGACGCGCCGCCGCAGCAGCCCGUCAAGCGCCGCCUUUUCGACCCCGAGAGCGGGCAGUACGUGGAGGUGCCGGUGCCGCCGCCCGCCGUCGCCCCGCUGCCGCUGCCCCUGUCCCCCCUCGCCCUCAACGCCGGCGCCUUCGGGGCCGCCUACAUGCUGUAUCCCGGGCUGCUGCCCGCCGCCGUGCUGCCCGCCGGCGCCCUACAGCGCCCGCUCUCCCACCCGGGCAGCGAGGGCAGCGGAGCGGCCGAUCCUGGCAGCCCGGCGGAGCCCGAGGCCCCGUACUACGUGCCCGGGGGGCAGGGGCCGGCGGCGCGGCACGGGACCGCCGAGGCCAAACCGCUCGUCAGCAUCGCGGCGCCCGGCGGCGGCCCGCGGCUCGUAGCACCGCCCUCCUUCGACGGCACGACCAUGCGGCUGGUGGUGGAGCACCGCUGAGCGCCGGGCUGAGGAAGAAGGAUCACUCUGCUUUACCUGAAACACGCCUGGUAACUCCGAAGGCUCAUCCUAAAAACUGCUUCUACCGUUUUCAGAUGUUUUUGCUUCAUACAAAACAAGUGUGUCAGUUUCUUGUUUCCUCGACGACAGCAAAUCACUGCUUUAUUUUCUGCACAGGUGUUUUUGUAUGGAAGCUGGUCUGCAGACUUUGUACGUGGCUGAAAGUGGUGCUGCUGCUGCAGCUGUUUGUAAUACGGAGUGUGCAGAUGGAGCUGUGUUUGGGUUUGGAUCAAAGCACAGUUUUCUCCAGGUGCCUGCAGUGCCUUGAGAUUCAUCAGUGUAGCCACAUGGCUCUUGAAAAAGAAAUGAGACCCUCAGCUCUCUGCCACUGCUGUACGUUACAAUCAUCCCCAUAAGUUUUGGUGCCAAUGUAAGAUCAGAUCUCUAUUUUGUACUCUAUAGUUAUGCACUUUGAAUUGCAAACAGAGAGAACUGUAGUGUUCUGGUCAUUUCUAGUGUUUAUUUUUUGGCGUGGUUCAAAAGAGAUUGUGUAAAUACCAGAAGAUAUGUUUGAUUGCUUUCAUUUUUUGUUUGCUUCUUUGUACUGUAUCGAACAUCACAAGUUGCCUUAAUUAGCAGUGUUGAAAUACUGGAAAGAAGAUGGAUGCAAUAUUUGUAGAUCUCAGUUCUAAAGGUGGCAUUUAUUUUGACAGCAUUUCUUUUGCUUUAAGGCUGCAGUAUCUUCUGUUUCCAGCUGCCACAUUGCUGAUACCCCUAGUGAUUCCCCUGAGAGAAACUUCUUUGUUCCAGUUCCAUUCACACACAGUCAUUUGACAGUGUCUGUUGGGUUCACCUGAGGGCCACAUCCACGCUCUCUUUAUUUGCUAAGAAAACAGUUGUCUUUUAAACACUCCAUAGUCACUCAAAAUGCUUUGACUUGUGAGUGUGUGUUUGGUGUUGCUCAACAACUACUUUUUCUCUGUGAAAGAGAAUUAUGAGCAUUUUAAACUGAGUGAAUAAUUUCUUCCCAUCACUGUUAGAACAGAAAAGAUGUGGUGGGUAGGCAGCCAGGUGCCAGCACUGUGUGAAACAUGGUGCAAAUUGAAUAGCACAGCUGCUGUGUUCUUAUGUGCAGGAGAUAGAUGCUGUCAACUUUAAUGCUCUUGUUAUUAUAAAGUGAAUGUUCAGCCAAGCAGUUUGUAAUUUUAAGCAUUUACUGGGCUUUCUAUUAAUCAUAUAUGAUCUCUAUUUUCUAAUGCAGAAUUUAGCUAUUUUUAUGAUCUUUCUACAUGCAAACCAAGUCUUUGGCUGUGCUGAUUUAUUUUACCUGGCAAAGUAUUUUUUUACACUUAUUUUUUCCCCCCAAAUUGUCAUUUCUACGAGUAACCUGCAAAACACAGAAAAAUCGGCCAGAGCUGUCCUUAUGGGUGUGAGAUUUUGUUUGGCAUUGCCCUCAGGAUGAGAUGCGCUGCAUGGACACAUAUAGUGACUGAUGUAACAUGGGUCUUCUCAUUUAUCUCACUGUUAUGGAAAUCUAAUUAAAAAUUAUAUAUUUUGACCCUUUUUAAGAGCUUAAAGGGCCCGACUUGAACUCGUAGCAUGUAAUCUUAAGUUCCUGCAUUUCAGUCAUUUGCUUUGCAGUUACAAGCCUUAACUUUUGCUGCGAUUCUGGCUAAAUGCCUCUUCUGGAAAAUGAAUGCUUCUUCCCCUUUCCCUUUACUCAGUAAUUUGGUGCAUGUUACCAGUAGACCAUCAGUGUUAAGACAGUGCUUUGGAUUGCAGGACAGUGCAGGUACCAGAGUAAGUUGUCCACUGGGACAAAGACAUGUAUGGUGUGUACACUACAGUAUUAGCAUUCAUGUUUAAAAAUACUGGCGUGCUACCUUUUCUUAUAUCGGUGCUCAGAGCGAAGUUUCAUGUUGCAGUUUACAAGGUAGAGGUUUGCACACACAAACUCAGGGUUUACAGUUUUACUUGGUGCACUUGAAGGGAAAAAAUGCCUAGGAAACAAGUGCCCGGGAUCUCAAAAUGUAGUUGUUGGAGGAAAAUUUUGUACUUCUAUUUUUUUUUUUAAAUUAUUUUAAUUGCCUGUAGAGAUGGAGGUGAUGACAUGAGGUGAUACCGACAGCUACUUCAUUUUCUCAGGGGAGAUUUCUUCAGUAGAAUGUAUCACUUCUAAUGUCAUACAGUGUUUGCUACAUUUUGUCUGUUACCAAAAGGUGCCCAUGCUUGCAUGGAGGGGUGGGUUUUGCAGGGAGCUGAGCUGCCCAACCCAGCCCAGCAAAGCCCUCCUACACCCUGGCUCUGGAUCCCCAUGGAGAUUUGUGAGAUCUUCCCGGGGCCGUGAUGGUUUUUGGCCUGACAGCGUGAUGCUUUGCUGAGCUGGGCUGGGAGUGUCCAGCAACUUGCAGGGCCAGACCCCUGGUUCUCCACACUGUGUGCAUCCAGCCUGGGCUUAAGCCUGGCACACAGCAGAUAUUGCUAGAAAAGACAGGUGGAAAGAAAUUUGGGGAUGUGGUGCUCCUCCAGGAUAGCCAGGGGUGAGUUUCUCCUGCUGAUGGAGUGAUGCAUAGCUAUGUACCUUGGGUGAGAGGCAAGCCCUUGGUGUCGGGGCCUGUGAGCUGCUUGUAUUAGACGUUUCACGGUGCAGUCGCAGCAUAUUGCAGCUGAAAUUCAAUAGGGGAAGGCCUGCCCACCACUUUGGUUCCCUCUCAUCCCUGUGGCAAGGUUCAAGGCCUGUUGCAGCCAUGAGUUUUAGGUUCAGUGGGACUGGAGUGAUGCGUGAAUGUGGCUCUGGUCCUUCACAGCAGAGUUGGUUUCGCUUGGGUAAAGUGAAAUCCCUGGUGAAUGAUUUAAAAUGUAUUUAUGGGUUGCGUGUGUGGUUUGUUGUUUUUUUUUUCUCCUGUCUGCAUUCAAAGAUGCCUCUGCUAUUUAGUGUUGAUGGCCAAAGUGUCAUUCCUAAUUCUGAUAAAUUACCAUUGACUUGUAGCUACCCAAGAACACAUACAGUGCUUUAAAAAUACUUGGUUUUUUUCCACCUUUCUCUGUGUUUUUUUUUUUUCUUGUCCCUCUUUUUUUUUUCCUUUUUUUUUUCAUUUUUCUUCUUACGUUUUCCCCUUUUUAUGGGGAUGGGUUCUCAGUGUAAAGGUAUUUAAAAGUGCAUGUGUGAAGUAAGGGCAGUGAUUGCUAAUAGAAUGUGGGUGGUAUGUCUGAUGGAAGAGCAGUGGGUUAUACGGCAAAUAGGAAAAUGCCAUGAAAGCAUUGUGUGGAUAACGUGGAAAAAUAAAGCUGUAACUAGAGAAAAAUGGACUCUGAGCUGCUUCCAACGUAAACGAUGCUGUGGGAGCACGCAGCUGAAGCCUGGAGCAAUCCUGCUGCUGAGUGCCAUGAGCCUGGGAUGUUCGGGUGCCAAGUGUCUCCGGGACUGCACACAUCAGGGACACCUCGAGAUGUCGGUAUCACUUGAGAACAGACUGGUUGGAACUGCCGGAUACCGAAGGUUGUAGCUGAAUGAGUAAGCAUUUGUAUUAUGGGUGGGCUGGUUUGUUUUGUUUUGUUUGAAUGUUAUGACAAAUAAAAUGUAUUUUUCAGUAAAAGAUACCCUUCA